AUGAUUCCCAUCUACAUCACUCUGGCUGAGGACGUGGAAUGUUGCUACCAGAGGAAUACACGAAAUGCAAGGAGACUGGUCCGAGUGGAUUUGUUGGCUAAGUUACAGCACGAGUGGAACAAUGCGGAGAAAGGAAGGUGGACCCACCAACUUGUCCCGUGUGUGUCGGCGUGGGUACAUAGGAAGCAUGGAGAGGUGAUCUUCUAUUUGACACAAUUUUUGUCCGGGCCCAGAUUCUUCUGGAAGUAUCUGUAUCAGUUUGGACAUGUCUCGUCAUCCCUUCGCCCGGAGUCUGUGGAUGUGUACGAGAUACCGGACUAUGUGAUCUUCGAAUGCUCUAGGUGA